GUGACACAGGGGCAUCUGAGGUUUUAGCGGUAAUAUCUCCACCAACUGCCGGUCUGGGCUUAUGUGCUUUAUUUUGAAGAACGCAAAUCCAAAUAAUUUCAUUGUAGACUGCUCCUCGAGCAGCCUUGAAUCGGAACUCUAUGUCAUCGAUCUAGACAAUCCCACGACCUUUGAGCAUGACACAACUGUGCGCGGCGUCGCAGGCCGGUCUCCAGGCCAAAAUCGCGGGACUUCAGAGCCGACCAGAGUUGAAUGGGGCACGAGCCAAAGUUUUGAAGUACCUUCCCGACAAAAAUCGUUUCCAAAUCCGCCUCGCGAGCGACGAGGCCUGUUUAAGCGUGAAGGCGACGAACCUGCAGUUCGAAGACACCGCGGACGGGGAGCUGCAAACCACUCGUGUUACAAGUGAGCGCGCAAAUGCCUUCCGCGUGAUGGAAGUAGAUGGACGCGGGAAGGGCGUUAUUGCCUUGGAGGCGGUGCAGAAGGGAGAGCUGCUGUGGGUCGAAACGCCGGUGCUCUCCCACUGCAGACCGGUACAAUUUGCCACAAGCCACUCUUUCCAUCCAGAGGAGAUCUCCAUGCUCUGGGGCCAGUUCUCCGCCUUAGCCGAGAGCGAUAAGAGCAGAGUGCGGUCGCUGGCGAACAAGAGCAACAACAGUCGUUUUGCAGAAUUAUCCCCCCACCAGCUCGUCCAAACUUUCGCCACAAACGCUUUUCAGCCCGAGGAGACCACACGCAUGGCGGACGUGGCUGGCGGAAGCACUAGAGGAAGUGUGUCCAGCGACAUGCUGUUUUUGCUGACUGCGAGGCUGAACCACUCCUGCAGUCCGAAUUGCACUCGACGUGUUCAGGCUGGAAAGGUCACGGUUUUUGCUGCCAGGAACGUGGAGAAAGGAGAAGAGCUCACAUUUUCCUACAUCGGGUUCUGGCACGACCACGGCUUCCGGCAGCAGGUGUUCCAGCGCGACUACGGUUUCGUCUGCAAGUGCCCAGUUUGCAGUUUGGGCCCCGCGGAGCUGGCGGAAAGUGACGCCCGGCGAAGGCAGUACGACUGGCUAGACGACGAGUUGCCAAAGCUGCGCAAAGCGAAGCAGUGGAAAGAGCUUCUGCAGGUGUGUGCCAAGAUGCGGGCGAUCUGUAAGGAAGAAGGCGAUGAUACACCCUUAAUGCUCGUCGAAGGGAACGAACGGCGUACGCGGGAAAAGUUAGAGAAAAAUAGGAAAUAGGAGCAAGACGAGACCCGUAUGCGACACGAUCCCACCUUUUUUUCUUCAUGAUAGAUACGCACUUACUUAGCUACUUUGUACGUGUAGAAUGGGCACGAAAAGAACUAAAACGCACAAUCACAUACACAUGUUUCGACAGAGGAUGAAGAUGUAAUAUUCAUUCAUGAGCAUAUUGACGUUAAGACGACCCACAUACUGUGCAUAGAAAAAAGUACUACAGCACGGAAGUAAAAACCAUCGACGUUUAUUGAGUCCGGUCCUUUCAUUCGCCAUUCCAACCGAAAACGAUAAGAAUAUCGG